UGAUGGUUGCUGAGAAAGCAUGCUCGCUGUAUUUUUAUUAAAAUAGCUUGUGGACAGAGCUACUGUUGCUCAAAUCGCCUCCAUUAAAACAGGCUUCUCACGGACUGGAGCAGGAAAGGAAAAGGAGAGGAAGGGAAGGGAAGCGGACACCUUUCAUGCGGCCAGUUCCAAAUCCUUGCCUGACUUGGAGCAACUCCCAUUGGAGACAAUCGGAAACUUCCAUUGGUCCAAAAUGCAGCAGCCAGAUUACUGGCUGGGGUUCCACGCAGACCCCCUAGUCUGACUGAAUAUCAUGGCUUCUGGGGAUGCUGUGGAGAAGACCAUGAACACAUCUUCCACGGAAACCCCCAUUCGUGUCCCAAAUCAACAUCUUGAGAAGAUGAGCGAUGACAUCCUGUACCAUUUCGCUCUGGGGACUGGCACCCAUGACUUCCCUGCCUUGUUUGGAGAUGUAAAGUUUGUGUGUGUUGGAGGAAGCCCUUCACGAAUGAAAGCUUUUAUUACCUACAUAGCUGAAGAGCUGGGAGUUGGCAGCCCAGGCCAGGACUACCCCAAUAUCUGCGCAGGAACUGAUCGUUACGCGAUGUACAAAGCAGGGCCAGUGCUAUCCAUCAGUCAUGGAAUGGGGAUUCCUUCCAUUGCUAUCAUGCUGCACGAACUCUUCAAGCUGCUGUGUCAUUCCAAGUGUUCCAAUGUAACCAUUAUUCGUAUCGGCACAUCUGGGGGAAUAGGUUUGGCACCAGGAUCUGUGGUGAUCACCAAGCAAUCUGUAGAUGCCACCUUCAAACCUCAGUUUGAACAGUUUGUUCUGGGAAAGCCUGUAUAUCGUAGCACAAACUUAGACGAGGAACUGGCUCAGGACUUGAUGGAGUGUGCCAAGGAACUGGAUCAAUUCAAAACAGUCAUUGGGAACACCAUGUGCACUCUGGAUUUCUAUGAAGGCCAAGCUCGUCUUGAUGGCGCAAUCUGCUCAUACACUGAGGAAGAGAAGGCACAAUAUUUAAUGGCAGCUUACAAGGCCGGAGUCAGGAAUAUUGAGAUGGAAUCUUCUGUUUUUGCAGCCAUGUGCAAUAUUAUUGGUAUCAAAGGUGCUGUGGUCUGUGUAACACUUCUGAACCGACUGGAGGGCGACCAAAUCUCAACCCCCCACGAUGUGCUGGGUGAAUACCAGAAGAGGCCGCAGAUAUUGGUGGGGCACUGGAUUAAGAAACGUCUUCGGAAAAAGUGACAUUGACAUUCUUAGUUAGCUUUAUACUGUAAAUAAAUACAAAACUCAACAUUUCUUCAUUUUGAAUUCAUGAUAAAUAACCUUUAACUUAGGGGUGACAAGCUUUUUUGGGGGCUGAGAGCACAUUUACCCCAUGCUCAGGCUCCCGGGGAUCAC